GAGGGAAUUCGGCGAAAGGAAUAUAUACCCGCCAUACGAUUAUCUUUCAAUAUUGAUAUUACACCGACAAGAUCCAUUAUCAUAGGCCCGUCGAGACGUCGUGUUAGCCAGGACUCUUGGUCUGUUUUACCUACCGGUAUUUUCGCCCAGCUCUAUUUGGAUCUAAAGCAUCGUGUAUAAUUCAAUUUGCCUUUGUGGCUUUACUGAUUGGUUGCCUAGGCGGCUGGUAAAUAUUUGUCAUUAGAAACGUGAGCGUCGACGGACGCUAAAUAAGCAGAGACCUGUUCGUUUGCCGAGGAUAAGCUCGAGGCACCGGUCGUGUUAGGAUGUUGGGCUAUCGGCUGGGGAGCGGGACACCUGCGGGCAUCCGGAGACCACGUCGCCAUGGGCCGCAGCUUUGUCCGUCCUUGCAUCCCCAGCCCUGCGCGAGUCAGAGACCUCAGGUUCACACCCCACAUAGUCUAGCCGUCGCAGGAAGCAGCGUGACGGCGGAAAACGUCAGCAACUAUGCCGUCAGCAUUGCUCCCAGCAGCUCAGCAACUCCAUCCCAGGCAGCAUACGAUGCGAGCUCUAUCCAGGUGCUGGAGGGUCUGGAGCCAGUUCGCAAGCGCCCCGGCAUGUACAUCGGCGGCACUGGCAGCGAGGGGCUGCACCACCUGGUGUGGGAGGUGGUAGAUAACUGCAUUGACGAGGUGCAGGCGGGGCAUGCGGGCAGCGUGGAGGUGGAGCUGGACCUGGGCACGGGCUGGGUUACUGUGCGCGACGACGGCCGCGGCAUCCCGGUGGACCCGCACCCCGCCACCGGCAAGUCCACGCUUGAGACGGUGCUGACGGUGCUGCACGCGGGGGGCAAGUUCGGUGGGGAGAACAGCGGGUACAAGGUCAGCGGCGGGCUGCACGGAGUGGGCAUCAGCGUGGUGAACGCGCUGAGCGAGCAGCUGUCGGUGCGGGUGUGGCGGGGAGGCUGGGAGUACUGCCAGGCCUUCAGCAGGGGGGCGGCGCAGGGGGGGCUGCAGGCGAGGCAGCUGCCGGAGGGGAGCCAGGAGGCGGGCAGGAGCGGGACGGAGGUCCGCUUCCUGUACGACUCCACCAUCUUCGCCCGCGACGUGUCGUACAACCCCGACACCAUCGCCACCCGCCUGCACGAGCUGGCCUUCCUGAACAGCGCCGCCACCAUCCGGCUGCGGGCCAGCAGGGGGGGCAGGGCCGUGGCGGGGCGCAGCAGG